UCAGUUGCUAAACAGACAUCAAGGUGUACUAUUCAUUGUGUUGUGAAGUUGUAACUGGCGCGAUACCCAGUAAACAUGUUUCGCAUUGAAGUCGCCUCCCAUAAUAAAUUUUCGAGGAUUUUGUACCUCUGCGGGCAAUAUUUUGCAGUAAUUGACAAGGGUCCUGGCCUUGUGGAUGAGUUUGAAGCAUGGAUUUGAGGGCAUGGACCUGGAAUGUCCGGAAGAGAAGGAUGAUUUUAUGAAAGAUACUUUCUAUGACCGCCUAGAACGUACCUGCCCUCACCACGAUGUAAAAAUCGUGGUUGGUAAUUUCAACGGUAGGGUGGGUAAAGAAGAUGCCUUUCGCACAACGAUCGGAAAAUUCACCCUCCAUGACGAAAAUCAUGGCUUGAGAGACCACGGUGGUAAUCUGGUAACGGAUGUUCAGGGGAUACUAGGAUUAUGUAGAGAACACCUCUCCGACCUGCGGAAUGAAACUACAACAUCAGGAGAUAGCGAACCCAAUUCUCCAAUCGAUGACGAUGGAAUAGAUGUUCCAUUACCCGACCUUGAAUAAAUUCGAAUAUGAAGUACCCGCUUUAAGAACAACAAAGCUACGGGGAAGAUGGAUUACCGAGCUAUUGAAAUACGUCGGCGAAGAACUGAUAAGGUGCAUGCAUCAGCUUCUUUGCAGAAUAUGGUCGGAAGAAAGCAUGCCUGACGAUUGGAAUCUCAGUGUGCUCUGUCCAAUCCAUAAAAAGGGAGACUCCACAAUUUGUGCCAAUUACCGUGGGAUAAGCCUCCUAAAUAUCGCCUAUAAGGUUCUAUCGAGCGUACUGCGUGAAAGACUAAAGUUCACCGUAAGCAAACUGAUUGGACCUUAUCAGUGUGGCUUUAGACCUGGAAAAUCCACAACUGGCCACAUAUUCACUAUGCGCCAAAUCUUGGAGAAUACCCGUGAAAAGAGGAUCGACACACACCACCUUUUCGUUGAUUUUAAAGCUGCUUUCGGCACCACGUAAAGAGUGUAGAGCUGCUGGCGUGCACCGAUGAUAUUGAUAUCGGAAGCAACAACCGCACCGUUACUUCUGCUUUUUACCGUCUGGAUAAAGAAGCGAAGGUCUGGAGGUGAAUGAGGACAAGACGAAAUAUUUCCUUUCAUCAAACAAACAGUCAGAGCACUCACGUCUUGGCUCCCACGUCACUGUUGACAGUCAUAACUUAGAAGUUGUAGAUAGUUUCGUAUACCUGUGAACCAGCAUCAACAACACCUACAAUGUCAGCCUCGAAAUCCAGCGCAGGAUCACUCUUGCCACCAGGUGCUACUUUGGACUGAGUAGACAAUUGAAAAGUAAAGUCCUCUCUCGACAAACCAACCGAUGAGCUGUACGAGUUAUACGACGGCAUUGACAUGGUGCAACGAAUAAAAAGACAGAGGGUUCGCUGGCUAGGCCAUGUUGUCCGCAUGGACGAAAACACUCCAGCUUUGAAAGUGUUCGAUGCAGUGCCCGCCGGUGGAAGCAGAAGAAGAGGGAGGCUUCCACUCCUUUUGAAAGAUCAGGUGGACAGCUACCUGGUUACACUUGGAAUUUCCUACUGGCGCAGAGUUACGAGGGAAAGAGAGGAAUGGCACGCUAUCAUCGAUUCGGCUAAACGAAUUCUACGCCAAUCACAUACAUACAAUAUUUUAUUGACAUCCUAAUAAAAAAUGGGCGGAAUCAGUACUCAACCACGCCUCAGAUAUCGAACAAGAAGGACUCAGUGCCUAAGCGGAAUUUUUCACCGAAAAUAUCGUGUAAGGCAUAUAAAAAAAUGUGCAGACUGCCUACCAAACAAGAACACUGUGAUGUACUGGUAAACAAUCCAACAAUUGACGACUGCUGUCAAACUCGACGCAACAUUCAUAUGUAUGUAUCUAUUCAGUCCUAUAAAAUAUAAUCCACCGAGCGAACGCAGAAAUAUAAAACAUUUAUGGCGCGCGAACGUUAAUGUGCGUACCUCCCGGCUGCGCACAAGCCCAAAAUGAAAUUGUACUCGUGUCUGUAAAUAUAAACAUAUACAUAUAUACCAUGUGAGGGUUGGAAAACGAACAGCACGCAACAGCUGAGCUGCAACUAAAAGAAAUCAACAAAGCCAAUGCGGCUUUGACUCGUUGUGUACUUGAAAGGCUGGACGCAACAUAAGCAGUUGAGAAACGAACGAGUUCGGUGCUGAACGUGCGUACGGGUAAAAUUUAGAUAUUUUGUCGUUUAUCUUUUACUUUAACUUCUCAAUUAAUCGGAAUGUUACGGGUAUAGUAAGAUAAUACGCGUAUUUCCCCAGCAUAGGAAUUGUGAUAUACACGGUAUCAUGUGAAAUCAGUGUUCGAAGUUAUACCUAAAUAAUAAUUGCAUAUAUGCUCAGACCCGAUAUUCAGUGAAAAAUAACCACGAAUAUAGUAUGGUGGUUGCCAUAGAGACAAGAAAUUACUCUCAUAUUCUAAAUAUUAUGUGUGUGAUCAAUGAACAUUUUAACCUACAUAUAUAAUCCAAAACGUUAAUCUAAUUAUUGAAAUGGAUCGUACGAUACCAUAAAAAUGUCCUAUAAAUGGAAAGUGUUCCAACGAACUUAAUUAUUUUUAUAACAAUAUUGACCUAAAUGCAAAGAAAAUGCACUUGCUGUGGCUCAUCAGUAGUAUAGGAUUAUCGCUGUUACACCUACAGCUCACCCAAUGCAAUGAUCUUGAACUGUUGAGGAUAGGCAUAGCGGGAAGCAAAAAUGAAAACAAAGUGGGAAAUAAUGGUCAAUUCAAUGGCAAUUCUGGACUAAAUGGGAACGAUCUUGCUUCAAUAAACACUAAUAAUACUAUGAUGGCGACAGUUUUUAAUGGAGGCAUAACUACAAGCAAAGAUAUAAUUAUUGAUACUAAUUUUGGUGACACAAAUAUGGGAGUUUCUGUCAACAGUGAAACAGGAUUAGGCGAUCAUGGAAGCAUUAAAAUUGGUGAAAGUGAAUUACCACUAUCAGCAGUACCUGGACUAGGACACAAUCCAGAUUUAAUUCCUACCGGCCAGUUUAGAGGAUAUAAGCAAAUCAAGUCCUAUGGUCAACAAUAUGGCCAUGCUUUAGCUGGCUUGGCGAAUUUGGGAAUUAUUAUACCAAAAGGAUCUAACAAUGAGGAUUUUUCUCGCAAUAACGGAGGAGGACGUAAAAUGCAGACGAAAGUUGAUAGUGAAAUCAAUUUAAUGGACCCAACAAAUAUAAGUGGUAGUAACGGAGGGCAGAAUUCGUACCUAGAACGUUUUAUAUCUGAGCAUACUAUAAUGGCGGUAUUCACUUCACAAGGACAAGUUGGUGGUCCCUGCCUUUACAUGCCUGCUACAAGGCGUCAAAAUCACCAAUGUCGUAAGGAGUUUGGUCUUCCAAAUGCAAUAUUCGAAGCUCGACGAUUAGCAACAUCACACUGUGAAAGUCAAUUCAGAUACGAUCGGUGGAAUUGUUCAAUUGAGACUCGAGGCAAGCGUAACAUCUUUAAGAAAUUAUACAAAGAAACUGCUUUUGUACAUGCACUUACUGCAGCAGCUCUGACACACACUAUUGCACGAUCGUGUGCUGAAGGCCGAAUGACUAAAUGCAUUUGUGGCCCACGGAAGCAAAACAGAAUUGGUCAAGAUUUUCAAUGGGGAGGAUGCAACGAUAAUUUGAAGCACGGUAAAAGGGUGACAAGGAGUUUUCUUAAUUUGAGGGACAGUGAUGAUGACGAAGUUUCUGAAAUUUUGCGACAUGACUCAGAGGUUGGUAUUGAAUCAGUAUCUACGUUGAUGAUGGACAAAUGCAAAUGUCAUGGAGUUUCUGGGUCUUGUUCAAUGAAAACAUGUUGGAAAAAAUUGUCUGAGUUUAAUGCAACAUCAACACUAUUACGACAAAAAUAUAAUGAAGCUAUUCGAAAGGCGCCUAACUUGCGUACAAUACGACGGAAUGCCCCCAUAAAUCGGUUAAAAAGGUUGAAACAAAAAAGAAAAAAACAAUCACAAUAUACGACGCUCUACUAUCUUGAAACUUCCCCUACAUAUUGCUCUGUCACAAAAGAUCGGCAAUGCUUGCAUCCUGACAACUGCGCAAAUCUAUGCUGCGGACGUGGAUAUACAACUCAUGUUUUCAAGCAAGUAGAAAAGUGUCGCUGUCGAUUUAAUAACGGAAGAUGUUGUCAACUCAUUUGCGAUUAUUGCCAACGAUUCGAAGAUAAAUUUUUUUGUAAAUAAAUUUGCUUUAAGUACUUAUUUUUACAAUGUAUAUGAGUCUCAACCAUAUAAUUAUAGGUCUGUUUUUUGUUCAGAUUCCAUAGAUAUUUUUAUGUAUCCCAAUUCUAUUAUUAAACUUCAAUGCAAAGGUUUAAUAAAAAUACUUAUUUAUAUGUAUUUAAAAAAAAUAACCAUUGCUCACUUACUUGAAACGUAAGAUGGAAAAACCAGUAGUUAAGAUUUUAAUAAUUGAUAAACAUGUAUAGACUGGUACGUUUCUUUAGUGAAAAUAUAUGUAAAUGAACAGGCCUAUAAAUACAUAUGCUACUAAUUAUAAUGAACCGAAGUUAAAAUCAUAUUUACUUUCUAAGUAGAAUUUGAUUCCGUGUGUAUUAUAUUUGUAAUAAGGAUAUUCAUAUGACACUCAAAAAAAUUUAAAUUAAUACAAAUUAAAUCAACCAAUUAUAGUUGUAACCAUAUAACCAUAUGUAUGUAUACAAAUGAACAUUUUGAAAGUCAAUAUCGCUCUGUUCAUUAAAUUGCGGAAUUAAAACUAUGUCGAUUAAAAAACUAGUAUAAAAAAUAUUUAUAGCCAUAGUAUUUAGCACAUAAAAAGCUUUCUAAAGAUUUUAUAUUUAUUUCAUAUAAAAAAUAAAACUGCUGCUUUAAAUUACU